AUGGUCACUCAUUCACUGACGUAUGCAACAGGGAACGAGGGAACCACAGGGAACGUGAAUGGCCAUCUGACGGCUAUACGACGGAAUACGUUCACUAAACUCGAUUAUACGUCUACAGGGAAGAUUCAGGCGAUUUAUAGCAGCUGUUUUUUUAUUAGCGCACAGGUUGAUAAAAAUAGGUCACACAGUCAGCUGUCCGUCUUUACCGACAAGGAAACUGGAUCUCGCGCAGGUUUUAAAUGUGUGCAGAAUAUUCAAACAGUUCCAGUGUUACUUGGAAGUCGAAAUGAAAUCAAGUUCUAAUUAUAAAUCGGUAAUGUAUGAGUUGCUGGGUAGGUACUUGAGCUUCCUGCCACCAUAAGGCACCACUAGUUUCAUUUCCACCCUCUUGAAAUCUAUCGUAA